AUCUGCGGCGCCCAUAUGUGGCAACCUCACAUACACCGUUUUAGCAGACCACCAACGGUUUCCUCCUAACCGGAAUCACCUAGACCAAACUUUCGCUCCAAAAACAAACAAAGCUGAAGCGCACAUUUUCAGUCACAAAUGCUGUUCCCUCAGGUGUUGCCACUGUGGACGGUAUCCGAUCUAAUUCAUGCAGUCAUUUCGGUGCUCUCAUUCGGUUUGCUGCUUGUCCCUUCAGUUUCGGCAAAUUACGAGAGCUACCGGCGGACGUCUAUCAUCAUCGGUAUUAUCGUGCCACUUACAGUAAUUUUGAUUGUGACGAUCAUCUUUUGCUGUUACCUACGACAGCGAAGAGGUAAAGAAGUUCACAAUGCCCAGUAUCCAACGUCUGGGACCGUACCAUCGCAGCAACCACCGUAUCCAACAGAUGGGACUCCUUUUCCUCCCAGAUAUAGUGAGUUGGGACAAGUAUAUCCCCCUCCACAACCACCGUACCCACAAACAAGCAGCAUGCCAGUCCCUGCGCCGCCGCCUUACCCUAGCAACAUAGGAACCAGUCAGCCGACCGAGCCACCACCACCUCCGCCAACGAAAUAUUGAAAUACAUCCUAACUAAAACGAUCCACCCUCAGUCGUAAAGCUUCCUCGUUACCCGGCCAUUUGUACACUCAACAGCCGCGCAGCGAAGUGGAUCAUCAUACUCGUUUGAUCAGCUGUGUAAUCUUUACUUCGUCAUUUACGUCCCUAUUGUUGUGUUAAGUUUCGGUAUCAAGGUGAACACUUGUAAAAUUUAUCACAACAUUUGGGAUCGAAGAGCUAUCAUUUUCCGGUAAUUUUAGCAAGAAUGACUCACUUAAUUCAUUUUAAAUAUGCAAAUUUCUUUGUUUAAAUUUUAUCAGACUAGUUCUCACCAAGGAACUACGCGUUACUGUUUAUUGUAUGAAUACACGGUCCACUGAUUGACUACAUG